GCAUCGGCAACGGAGCCAUACAGUACAGGCACCCCAUAAACCUCGUCCCCUCCCCAUCCGCCCCAAUGCACCGCCUGCGCCAGCUCUCCGCCCACAUUCCCCGCAAAGCCUUCUACACCACCGCGCCACCCAUUGUCAAGAUGCCCAAACUCCUCUACCCCACCUCGCUCGCCCUCGACCCCGCGCUGCUGCAGGGCUACAGCGUCGACCUCGUGCCGUACGACGUCAAGCAGCCGAUCCCGCAGGAGCACACCGACGCCCUGGUGCUCGUGACGUGGACCAACUCGGCCGCGAACCUCAAAGACGCCGCCCAGCGCCUCACCCAGCUGCGCUGGAUCCAGUCGCUGGCCGCGGGCCCCAACGACGUGCUCGCCGCCGGCUUCAGCAAGGACGUCGUCCUGACCACCGGCUCCGGCCUGCACGACCACACCGUCGCCGAACACACCCUCGCCCUGCUGCUCGCCGCCGCCCGCCGCCUGCACGACAUGCGCGACUCCCAGCUGCAGGGCAAGUGGCCCGGCCACCUCGGCGGGCCCCAGCCCGACAGGCCCGCGGGCGCUUUCACGUCGCUGCAGGGCGCUAACGUCGUCGUCUGGGGCUUCGGCAACAUCGCGAAGACGCUGGCGCCCUGGCUGGUCGCGCUGGGCGCCCGCGUGUCCGGCGUCGCCCGCUCCCGCGGCGUGCGCGACGGCAUCCAGGUCCACGCCACGGAGGACUUGAAAGACGUACUCCCCACCGCCGACGCGCUCGUCAUGAUUCUCCCCGGCGAUGCGUCGACGCAGAAUGCGCUCAACGCGGAGCGGCUAGCGCUGCUGCCCAAGCACGCGUGGGUCGUCAACGUCGGGCGCGGGACGAGCGUCGACGAGGACGCGCUGGCGGAUGCGCUGGAGCAGGGCCGUGUGGGCGGCGCCGCGCUCGAUGUGUUCGCCACAGAACCGUAUCCCGAGGGCGGCCGGCUGUGGAAGACGCCGAAUACAAUUGUGAGCCCGCACGCGGCGGGCGGGCGGCCGCAGAACCCCGAGGCGCUGAUUGCGUGGAACUUGAGGCGGUUUUUGGCGGGGCAGGAGUUGAAGAAUGUUGUUUGAUUAGGUCCGUGAUAGAGACUGUAGAUACAUGCAUCAUAUU